AAAUCGUCGUCGCUCCACUAUCUUUUUUGUAUAUUAGUGUCUCCUGAAAUGUUCUUCUAGUUUUCGCGUUCGUCCAGUAACUUUGUUUUGUCGAAAUGGUAAGUUUUUCAUCCAUCUUAAUCCGAACAACCAUUCAUCUAUCAAUUAGUAUAUUUAUUUAAACAAAUUUGAAGGAAAUUCUUCUUUCAAUGAAUGUUUAUUUUGUAUACAAAUAUUUACGUGUCGAAUAUUUACGGCUUACCCUGAAGCAUUGUAAAGUAUUAUUUUAAAUUAUUGUAUGUUAAUAAUUCAGGCGACGGCAAUGUACUAUAAUUGUAUUGUUAUUUGUUUGAAAUUAUUUCGAUUGAGAUUUUUUAUACUUGUAAAGAAAUGAACACAGUUGAUGGAAUUGGAUCGUUGUUUGAUUUUUAUUAUAUACAAUAAGUAUACAAGUAUCAAAUAUUCAGUCAUAAUCUUAUAAUUAUCUAUCUCUAGGCUAGAGGUCCGAAGAAGCAUUUGAAGCGUUUAAACGCACCUAAGGCAUGGAUGUUGGACAAAUUGGGAGGUGUUUUUGCACCGCGCCCAAGCACUGGUCCACACAAACUCCGCGAAUCAUUGCCCUUAUUGAUCUUUUUACGUAAUCGUUUGAAGUAUGCCCUUACUGGAGCUGAAGUUACUAAGAUUGUUAUGCAGAGGUUAAUUAAAGUUGAUGGAAAAGUCCGUACUGAUCCUAAUUAUCCAGCUGGUUUUAUGGGUGAGUUGUUACUCUAUUGAAUUGUAAGAAUCGUAUAUAAGAUAGUUUUAAAAAACACCCAAAUUAAAAUGUAUAAACAUAGACUUGCUUUUCAUAUUUUUUGUUAUAGUAUUAGCUUUUAUUUUCAUUACUAGCCGACCCGUCACGGCUUCACCCGUGAUUGGUUGUUUAAUUUGCCUUUGGAUAAUGAUAUAUAGAACUUCUUAAUCAAAUUCUAUCGUUUAAUAAUAUUGGCAAAUUAAUAUAAAAAAAAAAAAAACGGUUAAUGAAAACGUAUUGAAAUGUUUCAAGCGGGAUUAAUGACAAAUAUAUUUUUACUAAAAAUGAAUGCAGAUACAAAAGAAAUGCUGAGUAAUUUACGGUUGAUAAAGAAUUUUAUAAAACUUCUGAGUAUAUGGCGUUUUUUGUUUUAUCUCCUGUUGAAAUUAAAAUCAUAAGAUGCUUCGGGUCCCCAGUUCGAGAAAAUCCCACGUAUAAUUGUCCAUGUGAAAAGCACUGUGUUCGAAGACCUACGCCAACGUACCUGUAUGUUUGACCUUGAGCUUUGUUUAUCGUGAUUGCCAAAGAAACUUUAACAGAGAAUUAAAGCCGUUUGAACGGAAACGGCAAGUCCGACGGAAUCACGGGAAUUCUUGGAAUAAAUGCAAUUUCUCCUUUUGCCGGCCCCGUAAGAAUGACGGCUCCUAUAACACUAUUCUGCAACGAUUUUAUUNUUUUAAUUUUAGCUUAUGAAGAGGAAAUCCCGAAGGAGAAAGAGAAUUGAGAAAUUAUUGUAGAUAUAAAUAUAUAAAGAUAUAGAUAAAGAUUAAUACGAAUAUUCGGUAUACAUGUUGUUUGGUGUGCGUGCGAUAAACUUCUCGGAACAAUUCGUACCUACACGCCGAUGUCAAACACGAUACAAUUUGACGAACAAAAAGGUCAAGUUACAGGUAGCUGUAAACCCGCGACCCGCCGUGCCGCACAAUAUAGGUACAAUUGUUUUUAAUUUUUUAUGAACUUUUAUGAACUUUUUUACUGACAAAAGUGGUACUAUAACCUUCAGCAGAGUGUCGGGUUUCAGCCAAAAACAAUUUCAGCCAAAUCGGUCCAGUAGUUUUCUCGGUUAGCGCGGUCGAAGAAAAACCCUUACAAUUUUAUAUAAUAGUAUAUAGAUGUGUCUACAAUCUGCGUGUUUCUUAUAAAGUUAUCAAUUUGAUGGGGUACCAGAGUAAUUGAUACUAAUCAUUGUAAUAAACUUAAUUGAUUGUCGGGUCUAACGAUAGAACACAUUGAUUAUUUAAUAUUAUACAUGUAGUUUUUACACAUUUAUCAUUUUUUUUAUACUCUUAUUAUGGCCAAAUAUUAGUACAUGUGCCGUUUUGAUAAAAAUUAACUUGUUAGGACCUUCAUGCAGUACAUUUAAACUAGAAAGUUAUACAUUUAUCUGAUGGUUGAAUUCAAAAUAUUUUAUUUAGUUACUGGUAUUCUUUACUUGAGAAAUAGUUUUAUGUUUGAUAUUGUCAAUUUUUCUUAUUUAUUUGAUCUGUUACACGCCAAACAUUUCAAAAUAUAUUCUACAAAUAAUAGAUAAAUUAUAUUACAAGAUAGUAGGGAGAAUUCCUCUCAGUAGAGGUGUUAAAACCUAAAUUUAACCUAAAUAAAAAAAAAAUUGAAUUGUGUUCCAUGUAAGAGUUUGUUUUGUGAUUAGGGAAGUACAUUUUUUCACAUUAAUGAUUAUUUAUUGAGAAUUUUUAAUGUUGUUUUAAGAAAAUGUUAUAUCUACAUUUGUUUUCUCUAUGCAACUUAUGGACAGCACAACAAAAUUACGUUAUGUAAAACAUGAAUUGUGGCAGGUAUUCUGAUUCAUUAAAUUUAUAUCUUUGACACAAAUUACAACAUUUGAAGACUAGAAUUAUUUCAAGGGUAUUGUGUGUAUCAGUUUUCUAAAAAAUAUUGCAGCUUUUUAAUAAAUCUAAUAUUAUUAUUUUUUUUUAAUGGUUUUUAAUAACUUUAUUUAUGACAUGUAUAGCCCUCAAAAAUAUUUUCCUUUUAAAUUUUUUUACUUGUGUUUAAACUUCUUAAUUUCUACCUAAAUGUCACAAUUUAUGUUUUAUGUAACGUAAUUUUUUAUGUCUAUUAGUUCAUAGGAGACAAAACAUCACAUCCUCUUGAGAACAACACAUUUAUAUUGUAAAUACUAAGAUCAACUUAAUAAACAUAGAAACCAAGUGCUAAAAUGAUAGUGCAAAAUUUACGAGGAAGAAGUGGUUUGUUAAGCAUAAAAAAAAAAUGUAUGCAUGUAAUAAUUCAAUUAAAUUUGAUUUUAAACUAAUCAAAAUAAAACAAUAGUUUGGUACCCAAAUAUGUUUAUAAAUGAAAAAAUACAUUCUUUUAAUGUUUAAAAUGUAAAUAUUUGGUAAAUUUUUUGUCUUUUAUCUCUUGCAAUAAAAACAAAAUAAUAAUUAAAGUCUGUGAAUAAUAGUACCUAUAGGUUAUUUCUUAUAUCAAAAAAAAAAAAAUUGAAAUAAAAUCGAAAAUGCUUUAUGCAUUAUACCUUUUUAUUUAGUUUAAAUAAAAAUCUGGGUUUUUAUAUUUUUACAUAAUGUGACUUGUUCAACACAGAGUUCAAAGGAACAGUUAUUUUAUAUGUAUAUGUAUUGCCACUUCAUUUAACUGGCGCAUUGAAACGGCCUCUGUGUUCAUAUGAUAUGGUUUUUGAUUGACUCAAAUGAUCACUUUGAAGUCAGUUGAGUUCGGUGGUAAUGUUUCAAUAAUAGUUAUAAAACCUUGUACAUAUGGAUUGACGCUGUGCAGAAGUUCUGGCAAAUCAUAUAAAAUUUCUCCAUUGGCGUGAGGACAUAUAGAUGGUUUUUUAUUCGUACUUGGUAAUAGUGAACCAACUCCAUGGUAUAGCUGACCUUCUAUUUUAAAUGAAGGCAUGCAUGAAAUUUUCAUGUCUUAUUUAUAUCAGUGACACCAAAAGACGUCAUUUGAAAGGCAUAAUUAUACUUCCGUAUAUUGUCUAAAGAAACUUUAGAGUGAUUAUGAGUGUUACUAAUUAGACUUUUAAUGGUUCUGGUGGAUCAGCGAUUUCGUUAAAAAGGCAAUUUCAUUAUCUGGCAAAAUUCACAAAUCAGUCAUAUGGCCAAUAGAAAUAUGGGAAUUGUCUGCGUAUUUGAAGUGUACGUAAAUGUGGAUAUUUCUUUACACUGCUAAAAAGACUGGUGAAUUAUUGGUUUCCCAAUGACAUUUGUAUCAUUUUCUCUGAUAGAAAGUAAUCUUUUUGCUUUAUUGCAUAGAGCGGUCAAUACUGGGUUUUCUUUUGGGCAUUUUAAUCAAGUCAAUUCUGAUGUAAAUAAAAAUUUAAAACAUUGUGUUAAACAAAUGUUAACCUAACCUAACUUAAGCCCAAAAAUCUUGAUGAAUAUUUUUCUGAAAUCAACCUAGCAAUUGUUUGGAAUAAAAUAUAAUAUAGACUAAAUAAACUAGUCUAUAACAGACUAAACUGGUGUACAUAUUGUUAGUGUAUGCACGAUGCCCGAGAUUAUUUUCAUCAAUAAACUUCUUGUAAUGCUCGUCAAUAAAACGCAAAAGAAAUAAGGUCAGGCUGCAGAUAGCUGGAAACCUGCGAGCUGCACAAUAUGUAUAUACAUAUUUAUAGGUAUAAAAUGUAUAUAAUUUACAUAUUUAUUUUAAUUAGUAGAUAACUUGGACGUUUUUUAACUUAGACAAAUGCUAUUAAGAUAGAAACCUUCUCUGUGAUAUACUCCUAAGUUAAAAAUAAAAAAAAAAAAGUCGAGAAGAUCUGAUAAGUAGUUCCAGAAUUUUCCCUGUACAAAGAUUUUCAUUUCACAUUUUUAUAGUAAGAUUUAAUUUUUAUUUAUAAGCUAUUUUAUAAUGUAAAAGAAAAGGCUAUUAUACUGAAGUCUGUUCAUCUUGGACAAAAAAGAUCUCCAUGUAAUUUUGGCAUUGCACUACUUUCAAGCAGACCUUAAUUAAUAUAAUAUAUUUAAUUAUAGAUGUGUAUCUGUUUAUGUAUAUAAUAUUUGUAUUUUUAAAUAUAAUUAUUUGUAAUUAUUGCAGAUGUUAUAUCUAUUCAAAAGACUAGUGAGCACUUCAGAUUGAUUUAUGACGUUAAAGGACGAUUCACUAUCCAUAGAAUUACUCCUGAAGAAGCUAAAGUAAUUACAUACUAUUUAUUAAUUGUUGGCUAUAUUUAUUAAGAUUAAUUUUUAAAUUUGAAUUAACAGUACAAGUUGUGUAAAGUAAAGAGAGUCCAAACUGGGCCAAAGGGUGUGCCUUUUUUGACAACUCACGAUGGUCGUACUAUUCGUUAUCCAGAUCCUAACAUUAAGGUUAAUGACACAAUUAGGUAUGACAUUGCUACAUCUAAAAUUUUGGACCAUAUUCGUUUUGAAACUGGUAAGUUAAUUGCUUUUUAUUUUGCUAACCUAUAUUUAGAUGUAUCAAAUGUUUUAUAAUACAAAAUUUUUUUUUGAAUCAGGAAACUUGUGUAUGAUUACUGGAGGUCGUAACUUGGGGCGUGUUGGUAUUGUUACCAACCGGGAAAGACAUCCAGGAUCAUUUGAUAUUGUUCACAUUAAGGAUGCUAACGAGCAUAUUUUUGCUACAAGGUAAAUUAUUCAAUUAUUUUAAUUUAAUAAAUUCAGUGUUUUAUAAUAUUACUUUAAAGCACUUGAUAUUUUAAUAUUUUAUUGUUUGUUAUGUCCAAUAAUUAUUGAUUUAGAAACAAUUUUAAAAUAUUUUAAUCUUUUUUCAUUUGAACAAUUAAAAACAAGAAACAUAUACAAUUAUAUUGGUUUUCUAAAGCAAAAAUAGGUCAGAAUAUAUAUUUAUUGUUUAUAAUACAAGUUAAAAAGUAUAUGAAUCCGAUUAAUAAACAAUUAAUGUCUGAGAAUUGUCCACUAAAUGGACUUCAACAAUGUUUUCUGUUUAAAGUUUUAAAUAGAGCUAAAGUAAACAAAAUUUGUUGAUCUAUACAUAUAAAACUUUAUAUUAAAAAUAAAUCUCAAAUAUUUUUACAAUUACAAUUCAUUAUAUAUUCUUUUUUGGAUAUUUUUUAAUUGGUUCAAUUAAUUUAUAUAGUUUAUUGUAUUGCGAGAUAGUGUAAUGAAAAUUUAAAUUAUUGAAAUUCUCAAUUUAACUUGGAGGACACUACACGUGUAUGCACAUUUUUCUUAUAUACACAUGACAGCAAAUUUUCAUUCAGCAGUGACAAUUGUACUGUUAAUUUUAACAUUUGAUUGAAUUAUUCUAUUAUCAAACUUGAAAGUAAGAACAUCAUCUAGUAGCAGUUCUUUUUCUUUCGAUAUUUUAAUUUUUAAAUGAAACGCAAAAUAUACUAUAAAAAGGUUUGUAUCUUGUUUAAAAAUUAAAAUAUUGUUAAACUGAAAUUAUUACACAACUAAUGUUCUAACUUUGAUGUUAUUAUUGACUUGAUAUCAAAUUAUUUAGUCAAUUCACUCUAAUUUUGAACAGUUAGUAUAGUAGUGUUUCCUGUUGAACUCAAAUCUGUUAUUUAUUAAUUUAUCUGUAAUGUCAUGUGUUUGUAAUACAAACGCAACACAUUUGGUUAUGGUAUUGUUUUCAUUAUAUUACAUUUUAGAACAGUGAUUCUUAACAUAGAUAGUACAUUCCUCGUGGGCUUUUUUUAAUUUUAUGGGGAACUUUUCUGUGACUUGCAUUAUCAAAAACAAUUCUAUGAUUAUAUUAUUAUUAAAACAAUAUUAGUAAAUACAUAACUAAUUACAGUGAAUUGUAUAGCUGUGUACAAAAUAAUAUAAUUUAAUAUUUUAUACGCACUACAGUAACAGUGAAAUGGUAAACAUGCUUUCAUAUUAUUGUAUCGAUGCUAACAAGCUUCGUUUGGUCUCAUUUUCAUACGGUUAUUUCCAAAAUUGUAUACUUGCAUUUUAUUACAUGAAAUUAUAAUUUAGUGUGUGUGUAUGUUAAUUAAACUUAAUCAUAAUUAUAUUAAAAUACCUGAAAACAAAAUGUGAAGAAAAUAUUAUUCUUCACUUUAAUUAAAUUGCUGAUUAUAAAAAUAAAACUUUAUUUUUUUUUUAAAUCCAUUGGGGGUGGUAGUGAAAGUUUUUUUUAAAAUAAAAAUAAAUUGUUUUUGAAUCUCGUGAAUAGAUAUAAUGUUUACUGUACUUGUGUCAUUUUUAUCAAAAUAUUUAAAUUUUUAAUAUACUGUACUUUAAUGAUUUGUCUUAACCUAUUUGUAGUUAAUUACUUUAAUUACUAAAUACACAUUUAGUAGAAAAAUGUAUAAUUUAAGAUUUUUUUUUUUAGGUUGAACAAUGUAUUCAUCAUUGGUAAAGGUCAAAAGAACUACAUUUCUUUACCAAGAAGUAAGGGAGUUAAAUUGACAAUUGCUGAAGAGCGUGACAAGCGUUUGGCCGCUAAGACCAAGUCUAGCAGACGUUAAUAGUUUUUUUUUUAUAUCCAUGUGAUUUGAAUAAAUUACUUCUAAAAAACCUGACUUAUGUUUUCUUAUGUAUUGUCUAGAGUGAAAUUUAAUAUGCACUUAU